AUGGAGUCUGCAUUGGUUGCUUUUAAGAGACCAUCAAAUGAGGUUCAAGAAGAAAUCAAUUCACUAUUGAGCAGACGUUGGACACUUUCAGAGGAUUUGAAACUAAAAGAGCUUGUGGCUGUGUCUGGUCCUCGAAAAUGGACGCAAAUUGGAAAGCAAAUGCAAGGAAGAACAGGUAAGACUUGUAGAUCAAGGUGGUUUAACCAUUUGGAUCCAAGGAUUAGGAAUGAUGCUUUUAGUGACGAGGAAGAAAAAUUGCUAAUCAAAGCUUACAAUGAAUGGGGUUGCCAAUGGUCUAGGAUUGCUAGGCUUUUUCGUGGAAGAACAGACAGACAAAUGCAGAAACUAUGGCGCAAGGUCAUGAAAAAAUUGAAGAAGACAUCAACUUCUAUUCAUGAGCUAAUUGCCAAUGACAAAAGAGAAGGGUUUUUACGUGAUGAAAGUAGAAAGAUGCCACAAGAGGAAACCACUCACCUCGAAGCUAAUAAGUAUCUCAAAGAAACCAGGCAAUACUUAGCUCAUCAGCGUCACUUUUAUAACAUCCCUACAGGUUAG